GGUAUAAAAUGCCUACGCCUGACAGCUAAUUAGCUGAAUCGGGAAAGGUACUUAUUCCGCAAUGGCAACAACGUGCCAAUGCAAGCGAGAGCGGAGCGAGUUCGGCCAUUGAUUGACUGAUCCAUCCAUUCCACUCCGCCCCCGGACUCCGUGUCAGUAGUCGGUUGUUUAGGUUCCUCCGCUCCUCCACCCCCCUCGAGCCUCAGAUCGAUGCCUAUGCGACAAUUCCAGCGUGUCUUCCGUAUGUCGUCAACCAUGGCAGGCCGCGCCCCUAAUCCCCUCGGUACUAUCGUCGGCGGAGGCCCCGCACGCCGUCCGUCGCAGGACACGAGGCUGGUCGGCCGGUACGUGACAUUGGUCGGGCUGUCCGCCCGGCACGCCGACGCGUUCUACCCGCACAUAUCGGGGCCCGAGAACGCGCACCUGUGGGACUACAUGUUCGACGGGCCUUACGACGACGCCGCCGUGUUCCGCGCCGCCCUCGAAGCCAAGCUGGCCGGCCAGGACCCGGUGUUCUACGCCAUCCUGCCGAACGGCGACAAGGGGGCCGGCGGCGGGGACGACGAGCACGGCAGCAUCCUCGGCAUAGCGAGCUAUCUGCGCAUCGACCCGAACCACCGCAGCAUCGAGGUCGGCAACCUCAUGUACUCGCCGCAGCUGCAGCGCACGCCCGCCGCCACCGACGCCAUGUACCUGCUAGCGCGGCACGCGUUCGAGGACCUCGGCUACCGCCGGUACGAGUGGAAGUGCCACUCGCUCAACGCGCCCAGCCGGCGGGCCGCGCUCCGGCUCGGCUUCACGUACGAGGGUCUCUUCCGGAAGCACUUUGUCGUCAAGGGCCGCAACCGCGACACCGCGUGGUACGCCAUGGUCGACGACGAGUGGCCCAGCAUCAAGCAGGCGCUCGAGUCCUGGCUCGACCCGGCUAACUUCGACGCCGAGGGGAAGCAGCGCAAGAGGCUCGAGGAGUUUCGACGAUGAGGAGGAGGGCGAGGGCACGAGACUUCGUCGCGAGCUCACAAGCGCAUACAUAGCUAUCCAGACAGAUGACGGCGGCGUCGACUCUCCCGCUGCACAUCCAUCUAUGGAGAUUUGCACCUAAGUGCAUAAGGCGACAUAGGCCACCAUUCAGGCAUCCGCAUACUGGAUAGAACCGUGGAUAGGGUAGCAUGCCUACCUAAUUUUGACCCGGAUCGGCCUGCUGCUGCGAUAUUGUACCUACCUAGGCGUAGCAUGUACGUAGGUAGCCCACUGGGCACUCGCGGACAGGGAGCAGCUAGCUCAUUGUUCUAUCCUAAUCCCAUUGCAUGCCGGUGCGGAUAGAUUCUGUUCGCCCGGGUUGCAUUAUCCAAUGAAGUGGCCAUAUUCUGUAGGUAAGUAGGUACC